CACCAGUUCCACUUCGAACCAGUAAAGCCCUUCAAACCAAAGCCAGCGCCACAGCCAAGGCCACCUACUUUCCCUCCCACUGGUCCGCAUCGCCCAGGAUCGGGAGGGGAACUACUAGGGGAACCUGGAAAGCCUUUGAAGCCCACACCCGCACCUAAACCGACGAAGCCACCAAGAGGUGGUGCUGGUGGUUAUGGCAGACCCGAAGGGCCUCUACCGGCGCCAGAGAUUGAGCCAGAAAUUGUGGUGCCUGUUCUUGAGUACGAACCACCAGACCUGCCUAAGAGGCCACCUCCGUUUACAGGGUACCCAGUAGGUACAAUCGAUAUAUCACCGCCGCGAAAACCAACGCCAGUCAGACCACCACAAACACGGCCCGGUGACAGAUUCGUUGGUGUCCUUCUUCCCGACGACAAGCGUCCUCGCCCAAGCAAGCCGCAGGACUUUGGACCAUAUCCACAACAUAAACCUGUUCCGCAAAAGCCACCGGCUGGCCACCUGCCUUCGCAUGUUCCAACGCAAGUGCCAGGCCGCCCGCAACCUCCGUCAUUCCCUCCGACUCCACCCAUUAAAAGGCCCACACCGAGUACCAUUCAGCAGAUACCUGGUGAAAUCACAAAGCCAGGAAAGAUUCCGCUUUCCACUCCUUUGGGAUUCCCAUCUAAACCACAAAAGCCAGUGUCACGACCACCGAUAGACAGUGGCGGUCUCUUUCCGCAUGGAAGACCCCUUCAACCAGUUGUCCCACCAUCUGCGCCGGCUCCAAGGCCUAGUCAGUUCGUUCCACCCGGGCCACGGCCUCAUCCACCAGUUUCUAGGAGGCCAUCAGACAUACCACAUAGUAAAUUUCACGAGUUUCUUGUGCCGCCUUCGAAACCUGUAACAGGCCAGGGACCACCAACUUACCCUACUAAGCCCCGUCCACCAACACCACCCGGCAGCCUGACGCCUUCAUUGCAACCAAGGCCCCAGGCUCCAGGAGCGCUUCCUGACUGCAAGGAUGUUUACCCACCAUCAGGUGUCAAUCCACAACCGGGUCUCGGGAGCAUUCCAUGCAGACCUACACCUGGAUUCCCACCACAAACACCGCAGCCUAGGCCUCAGCCGCCCUCACCACCCCGUCCGCCACCUCCUCCACGUCCUGUUACGCCUCCAUUACAACCUAGUCCGCCAGUGGUAGGGCGACUACCCGACUGCACGGCUGUUUAUCCACCGUCAGGAGAACCACCGCCUGGAGCACCACGUAUCCCAUGUAAACCAUCCCCGGGGUUCCCACCACAACCCCCACGCCCGAGUGCUCCGCAGCGUGUGCCCCAGCCACAUAGGCCCCAGCCACCACCAUUGCCUCACCCGUCGCCACCGAGAAGACCCGGUUAUGUACCAGAGCCACCGGGUCAAAGACCCUCACCUGGGCCGCAACCGCUACCUCCUCGCCCAAGUCCUCCGCAACGGGUGCCUCAGCCAGUGCAACCUAGGCCUCAGCAGCCUCCUCGACCUCAUCCACCUUCGCCUCCUCUCCGAUUACCACCGCAGCCACAACCAAGGCCCCCUGCUCCAGGAGCUCUUCCUGACUGCAAGGAUGUUUACCCACCAUCAGGUGUCCAGCCACAGCCUGGUGCCGGAAGCAUUCCAUGCAAACCCUCUCCUGGAUUCCCUCCACAACCGCCACAGCCUGGUUUCCCACAGCGAGUACCCCAACCACCCCAGCCUAGGCCUCAUCCACCCUCUCAACCCCGUCCGCCGCCGGGUCCUAUCACACCUCCAUUACAGCCUAGACCUCCAGUGCUAGGGCGACUUCCCGACUGCAAGGACGUUUAUCCACCGUCAGGAGAACCACCACCUGGAGCACCACGUGUCCCAUGCAAACCUUCUCCAGGGUUCGCACCAGAGCCUCCACGCCCUAGUAUUCCGCAGCAUGUGCCCCAGCCACCUAGACCGCAGCCACCACCAUUGCCUCGCCCGUCCCCACCGAGACGACCGGGUUAUGUUCCGGAGCCACCGGGUCAUAGACCCUCACCUGGGCCGCAGCCGCAACCUCCUCGCCCAAGUCCUCCGCAACGGGUACCCCAGCGAGUGCAGCCUGGGCCUCAGCAGCCUCCACGACCUCAUCCGCCUUCGCCUCCUAUCCGAUUGCCACCGCCCCCACAACCAAGGCCCCCUGCUCCAGGCGCUCUUCCUGACUGCAAAGAUGUUUACCCACCAUCAGGUGUCCAACCACAGCCUGGUGCCGGAAGCAUUCCAUGCAAACCCUCUCCUGGAUUCCCUCCACAACCGCCACAGCCUGGUUUCCCACAGCGAGUACCCCAACCACCCCAGCCUAGGCCUCAUCCACCCUCUCAACCCCGUCCGCCGCCGGGUCCUAUCACACCUCCAUUACAGCCUAGACCUCCAGUGCUAGGGCGACUUCCCGACUGCAAGGACGUUUAUCCACCGUCAGGAGAACCACCACCUGGAGCACCACGUGUCCCAUGCAAACCUUCUCUAGGGUUCGCACCAGAGCCUCCACGCCCUAGUAUUCCGCAGCAUGUGCCCCAGCCACCUAGACCGCAGCCACCACCAUUGCCUCGCCCGUCCCCACCGAGACGACCGGGUUAUGUUCCGGAGCCACCGGGUCAUAGACCCUCACCUGGGCCGCAGCCGCAACCUCCUCGCCCAAGUCCUCCGCAACGGGUACCCCAGCCAGUGCAGCCUGGGCCUCAGCAGCCUCCACGACCUCAUCCGCCUUCGCCUCCUAUCCGAUUGCCACCGCCCCCACAACCAAGGCCCCCUGCUCCAGGAGCUCUUCCUGACUGCAAAGAUGUUUACCCACCAUCAGGUGUCCAACCACAGCCUGGUGCCGGAAGCAUUCCAUGCAAACCAUCUCCUGGUUUCCCACCACAACCGCCACAGCCUGGCUUCCCACAGCGAGUGCCCCAACCACCGCAGCCUAGACCUCAUCCACCCCCUCAACCCCGUCCGCCGCCGGGUCCUGUGACACCUCCAUUACAACCUAGGCCGCCAGUAAUAGGUCGACUUCCCGACUGCAAGGAUGUUUAUCCACCGUCGGGACAACCACCACCUGGAGCACCACGUGUCCCAUGCAAACCUUCUCCAGGGGUCGGACCAGAACCUCCACGCCCUAGCAUUCCGCAGCGCGUGCCCCAACCACCUAGACCCCAGCCACCACCAUUGCCUCGCCCAUCACCACCGAGACGACCGGGUUAUGUUCCGGAGCCACCAGGUCAAAGACCCUCACCUGCGCCCCAACCACCUCGCCCAAGUCCUCCGCAACGGGUGCCCCAGCCCGUGCAGCCUGGGCCUCAGCAGCCUCCGCGACCUCAUCCGCCCUCGCCGCCUCUCCGAUUGCCACCGCCGCCACAACCAAGACCCCCUGCUCCAGGUGCUCUUCCUGACUGCAAGGAUGUUUACCCACCAUCAGGGGUCCAGCCACUGCCCGGUGCUGGAAGCAUUCCAUGCAAACCCUCUCCUGGAUUCCCACCACAACCACCACAGCCUGGUUUCCCACAGCGAGUUCCCCAACCACCCCAGCCUAGGCCUCAUCCGCCCCCUCAACCCCGUCCGCCGCCGGGUCCUGUGACACCUCCAUUACAACCUAGGCCGCCAGUGAUAGGGCGACUUCCCGACUGCAAGGAUGUUUAUCCACCGUCAGGAGAACCACCACUUGGAGCACCACGUGUCCCAUGCAAACCUUCUCCAGGGGUCGCACCAGAACCUCCACGCCCUAGUAUUCCGCAGCGUGUGCCCCAGCCAACUAGACCCCAGCCACCAUUGCCGCGGCCGUCACCACCGAGACGACCAGGUUAUGUUCCGGAGCCACCAGGUCAAAGACCCUCACCUGCACCACAACCUCCUCGCCCAAGUCCUCCGCAACGGGUGCCCCAACCAGUGCAGCCUAGACCUCAGCAGCCCCCACGACCUCAUCCGCCAUCGCCUCCUAUCCGAUUGCCCCCGCCGCCACAACCAAGGCCUCCUGCUCCAGGAGCUCUUCCUGACUGCAAGGAUGUUUACCCACCAUCAGGUGUCCAGCCACUGCCCGGUGCUGGAAGCAUUCCAUGCAAACCUUCUCCUGGAUUCCCACCGCAACCGCCACAGCCUGGCUUCCCACAGCGAGUGCCCCAACCACCGCAGCCUAGACCUCAUCCACCCCCUCAACCCCGUCCGCCGCCGGGUCCUGUGACACCUCCAUUACAACCUAGGCCGCCAGUAAUAGGUCGACUUCCCGACUGCAAGGAUGUUUAUCCACCGUCGGGACAACCACCACCUGGAGCACCACGUGUCCCAUGCAAACCUUCUCCAGGGGUCAGACCAGAACCUCCACGCCCUAGCAUUCCGCAGCGCGUGCCCCAACCACCUAGACCCCAGCCACCACCAUUGCCUCGCCCAUCACCACCGAGACGACCGAGUUAUGUUCCGGAGCCACCAGGUCAAAGACCCUCACCUGCGCCCCAACCACCUCGCCCAAGUCCUCCGCAACGGGUGCCCCAGCCAGUGCAGCCUGGGCCUCAGCAGCCUCCACGACCUCAUCCGCCUUCGCCUCCUAUCCGACUGCCACCGCCGCCACAACCAAGACCCCCUGCUCCAGGCGCUCUUCCUGACUGCAAGGAUGUUUACCCACCAUCAGGUGUCCAGCCACUGCCCGGUGCUGGAAGCAUUCCAUGCAAACCUUCUCCUGGAUUCCCACCGCAACCGCCACAGCCUGGCUUCCCACAGCGAGUGCCCCAACCACCGCAGCCUAGACCUCAUCCACCCCCUCAACCCCGUCCGCCGCCGGGUCCUGUGACACCUCCAUUACAACCUAGGCCGCCAGUAAUAGGUCGACUUCCCGACUGCAAGGAUGUUUAUCCACCGUCGGGACAACCACCACCUGGAGCACCACGUGUCCCAUGCAAACCUUCUCCAGGGGUCAGACCAGAACCUCCACGCCCUAGCAUUCCGCAGCGCGUGCCCCAACCACCUAGACCCCAGCCACCACCAUUGCCUCGCCCAUCACCACCGAGACGACCGAGUUAUGUUCCGGAGCCACCAGGUCAAAGACCCUCACCUGCGCCCCAACCACCUCGCCCAAGUCCUCCGCAACGGGUGCCCCAGCCAGUGCAGCCUGGGCCUCAGCAGCCUCCACGACCUCAUCCGCCUUCGCCUCCUAUCCGACUGCCACCGCCGCCACAACCAAGACCCCCUGCUCCAGGCGCUCUUCCUGACUGCAAGGAUGUUUACCCACCAUCAGGUGUCCAGCCACUGCCCGGUGCUGGAAGCAUUCCAUGCAAACCUUCUCCUGGAUUCCCACCGCAACCGCCACAGCCUGGCUUCCCACAGCGAGUGCCCCAACCACCGCAGCCUAGACCUCAUCCACCCCCUCAACCCCGUCCGCCGCCGGGUCCUGUGACACCUCCAUUACAACCUAGGCCGCCAGUAGUAGGUCGACUUCCCGACUGCAAGGAUGUUUAUCCACCGUCGGGACAACCACCACCUGGAGCACCACGUGUCCCAUGCAAACCUUCUCCAGGCGUCGGACCAGAACCUCCACGCCCUAGCAUUCCGCAGCGCGUGCCCCAACCACCUAGACCCCAGCCACCACCAUUGCCUCGCCCAUCACCACCGAGACGACCGGGUUAUGUUCCGGAGCCACCAGGUCAAAGACCCUCACCUGCGCCCCAACCACCUCGCCCAAGUCCUCCGCAACGGGUGCCCCAGCCAGUGCAGCCUGGGCCUCAGCAGCCUCCACGACCUCAUCCGCCUUCGCCUCCUAUCCGACUGCCACCGCCGCCACAACCAAGACCCCCUGCUCCAGGCGCUCUUCCUGACUGCAAGGAUGUUUACCCACCAUCAGGUGUCCAGCCACUGCCCGGUGCUGGAAGCAUUCCAUGCAAACCUUCUCCUGGAUUCCCACCGCAACCGCCACAGCCUGGCUUCCCACAGCGAGUGCCCCAACCACCGCAGCCUAGACCCCAUCCACCCCCUCAACCCCGUCCGCCGCCGGGUCCUGUGACACCUCCAUUACAACAUAGGCCGCCAGUAAUAGGUCGACUUCCCGACUGCAAGGAUGUUUAUCCACCGUCGGGACAACCACCACCUGGAGCCCCACGUGUCCCAUGCAAACCUUCUCCAGGGGUCGGACCAGAACCUCCACGCCCUAGCAUUCCGCAGCGCGUGCCCCAACCACCUAGACCCCAGCCACCACCAUUGCCUCGCCCAUCACCACCGAGACGACCAGGUUAUGUUCCGGAGCCACCAGGUCAAAGACCCUCACCUGCGCCCCAACCAGCUCGCCCAAGUCCUCCGCAACGGGUGCCCCAGCCAGUGCAGCCUGGGCCUCAGCAGCCUCCACGACCUCAUCCGCCUUCGCCUCCUAUCCGAUUGCCACCGCCCCCACAACCAAGGCCCCCUGCUCCAGGAGCUCUUCCUGACUGCAAGGAUGUUUACCCACCAUCAGGCGUCCAGCCACUGCCCGGUGCUGGAAGCAUUCCAUGCAAACCUUCUCCUGGAUUCCCACCGCAACCGCCACAGCCUGGUUUCCCACAGAGAGUGCCCCAAGCACCCCAUCCUAGACCUCAUCCACCCCCUCAACCCCGUCCGCCGCCGGGUCCUGUGACACCUCCAUUACAACCUAGGCCGCCAGUAGUAGGGCGACUUCCCGACUGCAAGGAUGUUUAUCCACCGUCAGGACAACCACCACCUGGAGCACCACGUGUCCCAUGCAAACCUUCUCCGGGGUUCACACCAGAACCUCCACGUCCGAGUAUUCCGCAGCGCGUGCCCCAGCCAGUCCUGCCUAGGCCUCACCAGCCUUCGCCUCCUGGCCGACUGCCACCACCACCACAACCAAGGCCGCCUGCUCCAGGAGCUCUUCCUGACUGCAAGGAUGUUUACCCACCAUCAGGGGUGCAGCCACUGCCCGGUGCUGUAAGCGUUCCAUGCAAACGUCCACAAGUAUUCCCACCACAUCCUCCACAGCCUGCUGCUCCGCAGUCUGUGCCGCAACCACGACCGUUAUCACCACGCCCUGUAGGACCCACAAAAAUUUAUCCUCAGCCAAAGCCUCCAGCUCCCUACCCACCACAGGGAAAACCAGGACCGCUUCCUGUGCCACAGCCUCCAGUACCAUCACGUCCUCCGCCUCCUAGCAGAGCGCCACCAGGACCCCGGCCUCCAACCUCGGGGCGCCCUCAACCACCUCAUGGUGCCUUCCAUGAGUUUCACAAAGAGCCCGUGAAGCCGAUUCCAGUUCCAGCAUACCCUCCAAGCACAGGUCCUCAGUUAAAGCCAUCGCCUCUUCCACGUCCACAGCCAAUCCCUCCUGCACAACCACAGAGGCCUAGACCCCCUCCGAAACCACCAGUUCAGCCCCAACCAUUUCCUUCACCACCUGCGCCAAUUUCGCCACCGGAUGUCCCUGAUUCUCCUGGCUAUGGAGGUAAAAGACCAAAGCCAAGGCCCCACCCGCAACCUGGACCCCAGCGACCGCCCCCACCGCUUCCUAAACCUCCACAGCCGCUCCCUAAUGUACCAGAGCCACAAAGACCUGAACUGCCUAAGCCAGCACCACAGCCCUUUCCAGUAGAGCCUGGUUAUGAACCGGGUCCGACGCCGGGAGUGAGACCACAACCUACCCCACGGCCGAGACCAGGACCUGCGCCACAGCCAGUGCCACGGCCACAUCCCGUACCGCAACCGAAGCCCCUUCCUCAACCACAACCAGCGCCUCGGCCAAGACCACAGCCACUUCCUACACCAAAACCUCAGGUGCCUGAAGAGCCUGAAGGCCCAGGGUACGGCCGCCCGAGACCUAAACCGACGCCACGACCAAGGCCAUCUAGACCCACAGGAGGAGAGAUUUUUCCCGGUGGUCAAGUUACAACACGGCCUACGCCAACAGUUGGACCCGAUGGGGCAACGAAAAAGCCAAUAAGAUUCCCAUCGCACAAGGCAUUUCACGAGUUUCACAACGCCCCACUGAGAAUUAGACCAAACGUAGGAUAAAGAUGCCUAUUGUCGAGCCCGUUUAAGAAAAUUUUCACAGGUCGCGAUGUGUGAACUGGGUCAGGUCACGUACGAUGCCAUUUCACUCUUGUGGUCUUGUGCUCCCAUGAACUCAGAAACGUUGUUCACUAUUCCUACUGCUGUUUUCCUUGUUUUUGAUUCAUUUUCCGAUUUCUUGAAUGCAUCCAUAGGAGCGCUGUUCUCAAAUGUAUGAAGUGCCUUCAAGCCUGCCUAGCGUGGAAAAGAAAUCGAGAAACUGUUCAUUUCUAGAACACUUUAGUCGUAUGGCGUUACCAGUUCGAAGACCAACACAAUGUAACGUCUGCCAUAAGGACCAAUCAUUUGAAAGCGGAGGCAUCAUCACCCGAAGACAGUGUGCAAUGCCCGGUAAUGUAUUUAUUUGUCGUCACUUCAAAUUUAGCACGUGAUGCAUUGAUGACAUAGACGAGUGUCCGAUAAUGGGUGAAAAAUGUUGCCAUAUGGUUGCUUCGCUGGCAACCCUUUCAUUGUUCGUAUUUUUCGCCCGGUAUCAGCUAGCUCAUCGUCACAUAUGCACGGCGUCAACUUGUUACUCUGUUAUGGCAUUUAUGACGACUCACAU